UCCUCACUCCAGACCAGUUGGCGGCGGUAACGCAUCGCGUCAUUGUUGGCUAAGCACCGAAAAAACCACAAAAGAAGAAGAUUUGGCGGGUACUACAAAAUGUAAACAGAGGAUGCUGAAAAUGGAGGAAAGCAAAGUAGCAACAGAGAAAGCGACUGUAGAUGACAAAUGUCCCAGAGAUUGUGUUGAAAACAGGACCAGUGAAGCAUCAGGAGAAACGUCCUCACAGAUGUCAAACUCUGCAGCGGUUCAUAAGGCGAACGCGGAGACGGAGGCUCGGUUUAAUAGGAUGAAACUGUUCCAUAAAGUGAUGCAGAAGAGCCUGGAAAGGUUCAUCGAUCACGUCAGUUUUAACAGAUUCGCCAGUAUGUUUCGUCCUCUGUACAAGAUGAACCCCCAGAGGAUGGAGAGCAUUCACAGGCAGUUCAUAGACGAGUUGCGAACAGCCAUACAGGAGGACAUCAGCAGAUUGAUUGAAGAAGGCCAGCUGGAGGUCAAACUGGAUGAGCUGGACAAACUGGAGAAGGCUGCAAAAAACAAUCCAGACCCUGCAUGGCGGCCGAGUGGGGUUCCUGAGCAAGACUUUUGCAGCUUUUUGAUGCCAUACUAUAAAAAGCAGGAGGCCUACAUGAGAAAGGAACUGAAGAAGAUCCAAGCGGAGAAUGCUGCCCUAGCACAAAAGGUUCAGUCUAGCAGAGAAAGCAUUGCUCAGACAGAAAACCGCAUUUCAGUGGCUGUUGAUGAGUGGAAGGCAUCAGUCACAGAAUUUGAAAGGCUGGUGUCCUCCCUCUACCCUGCUGAUGUCUUUGAUGUGUGAUCUUCAAAUUAUUCGACAUAUCAACUAACUGAAGUGUACAUAUUGAUUUUGUUUAUUAUACCUGUUUAUCAGAAAAUAAACUUGACAUCUUGGAAAUACGA